AUGAGGUUGCAGCUCAUUUGCAGCGUCGUACUGGCAACGGUUCGCCUGGGCUAUGCCACUGAAGCCGCGUUGCAGCCCGCAGUUCACGUUAUACUGGAAGCAGCAACAAGCUAUCCGCCGGAAAGGGAAUGCAGCCCCUGCCGCUGCGGACUGAUCCAUACAUUGCAUAGGAAGAUUGGCAAGAAGGCGAGUCGCCAUCAAUAUCCCUGGAUGGCUAUGGUGAUGCUUCAGGGCGACUUCCACUGCGCCGGCUCACUGAUCAGCGACUUGUACGUGCUCACAGCUGGCCAUUGCGUUGAGGGCUUGUCGGCUGAGCUAAUCCAAGUGCGCCUGCUCGAGCACAAUCGUAGCGCAAGCGAUGCUCAGGUGCUGCAACGUCGAGCGGCGCAUGUGAAGGUGCAUGAGCUCUAUAAUCCGUUCAGCUUCGAUAAUGACAUUGCCCUGAUCCGGCUCGAUCGGCCCGUGAGCUUUGAGCAGCGCCUGCGCCCUGUUUGCCUGCCGCCAUCGAGCACCAGCUUCGAGGGCGAAAUGGCCAAGCUGACAGGCUGGGGUGGCCAAAGAGAGAGUGCAGGAUUUGGAAUGCAAGCCUUACAGGAAGUCGAUGCGCUCAUUAUUAGCCAAACCGAGUGCCGCAGCUCCAGCUACAGCUCAGCCAUGAUCACCGACAACAUGCUCUGCGCCCGAUACGUGGAUGAUGCCUGCAGCGGCAACAGCGGCGGUCCGCUCCAUGUGCUCUUCGACGAGCAGCUGGGUCAGCAUCAGCUGGUCGGCAUUGUCUCCUGGGGCGCUGGCUGUGCUCGGCCCGGCUUGCCCGACGUGUACACACGUGUGAAUCAAUACCUGCGCUGGAUUGAGGGCAACACGGCUAAUGCUUGCUACUGCAUGCAUUUAUCCGAGGAGGACUACUACUAA